AUGUUGAAGUACGCCAACUUGCAGCGCGACAUGGACAUGCAGAAAGCGGAGAGGGAGAGAGAUGUGGCGAGGGAGAAUCUGGAGAACGAAGUGGCGGGAACUAUGGAUCGACGCGACCCGAAGGCGCCCAACGGAUGUCUCUGGGGAAUGUGCAACAUGCCGAGAGGAGUGCAUGGACAUCAGUGCCUCGGAGAGGGAAGGGAGGGACUAGCUUGCACUGACGCGGACCAUAAGGUGGGAAUCUGCGACGAGCGGGAGGAGAAUCGACGACAAAAGAUGAAGGCUGUUGGCUUGGACCCAGAUGCUGUCGAGGGCCCGUCGGGUGGAUGGGAGGUCCCUAAGAAUGCCAUUGGAAGAUCUGUGGAAGAYGAAGCAGCUCAGUGGGACUAUUCGGCCUGA